CAAACGCAAAAUUGCAGAGCGAUACAAAAAUCCAAAUUUCUCUUUAAUUAAUUUUCUAUCGAUCACGAGUAAGCUUAGUGACAUUUUCAACUUUAUACUCAACGAGAGAUGCCAAUAAAGUGAAAUUGAUCAAAGUUGAAUAUUUUAAAGCGGUUUCAAGUCUUCUUUCCAAAAAAUACGCAGUUUGAACAAAAGAAAGAGAAAAAAAUGUGCUGAGAAUGAAAAUAUCUUAAAAAAUCAAUAAAAAAAAGUUUUGAGCGCAGAACGAAUCGAUUUGGACUUUACGAGAGGUGAAAAGGAAUUAAAACUUUUUCGUGUCAGUGCUGUGAUUAAAAUAAUGCAAUCUUCAAUAAUAACAAUUCGCGCAUUGUCGCGUUUAAUGAGAAAUAAGUUUUCAACCUUUUUGGAACCAUCAGCAUUACAGCGAGCUAAUCCUCAUUUUAUCAGCGUUGUAUGUGGAUUUCCAAAAGACUUAAGAUCCAAAUAUAGGAUUGGAAAAUUUGGUGAUGAUGCUUGGUUCUCAUCAACUAACAAAGUCGCAGAUGUAAUCGGUGUUGCCGAUGGAGUUGGAGGUUGGCGCAAUUAUGGAAUUGAUGCUGGCGAAUUCUCAAAUUUUCUAAUGCGAACCUGCGAGAGAUUAGUACAAAGUAGUAAUUUCAAUCCUCAACAUCCAGUUGAAUUAUUGGCUGGAAGUUACUAUGAGUUACUUGAACACAAGAAACCAAUUUUAGGUAGCUCAACAGCUUGCGUUCUGAUAUUAAAUCGAGAGACAAGCACAGUAUACACAGCAAAUAUUGGCGACUCAGGCUUUUUAGUUGUACGAGGUGGUGAAAUUAUUUAUAAAUCAGACGAACAGCAACAUUACUUCAACACGCCGUUCCAACUUUCACUUCCACCACCCGGCAAUCAGAAUCGUGUUCUAAGUGACAGUCCUCAAUCAGCUGAUCGAAAUAGUUUCCCUGUUGAAGAUGGUGAUGUGAUUCUGGUUGCUACCGAUGGUGUGUUCGAUAAUGUGCCAAAAAAAUUGCUGUUAGAAACAUUGAAAGAAGUUGAAGGAGAAAAAGAUGCGGUGAAGCUUCAAAUGACUGCAAAUUCUAUAGCACUGAUGGCUCGUUCAUUAUCAUUCGACAGUGACUUCAUGUCGCCGUUUGCGAUCAACGCAAGAAAGAAUAACAUUAAUACGAUAGGUGGUAAACCUGAUGACAUCACCGUGGUGCUGGCUACAGUAGCACUGUGAGAAACGAUGCCGAUUUCCUCAAAAAACUAUUUUUAAUUUAAACAUUUUUGGUUUAAUAACGAAAACAAAAAUAUUUCUCAUUACUUUUCUUUUUUAACUAUUCUAUUCUUCCUUUAAUAAACACAUUUAGUUUCGUUUCUUCCUCAACGGAUGCUGCAAAUAUUCAUGUCGAUUAGUUGUAGAAAUUUUUAUUGGCUGACACUAACAUAAAUCGUUUUUAAAAUCGUCGCCUUCUGAUAAAAAAUAAAUAACCAUUUAAUCAAGUUUUAUGACAAUCGUUGACAGUUUGGCACCGUUGUGUAAAUUAAAUAAGCUUAAUUUAGUUAUCUUUUGUAUGGAAAAAUUGAUAAAGAGACUUGCGCUGGUUGGAUGAGCAGAAAAGAAAAAAAAAUUACUAAGACAGUAGAUUUGUAUUUAGUCGAGUUAUUGUUAAUUAAUGAAGGGAAGAAGAAGAAGAAGAAAAAAGCUGAUUGGAUUUUGUUGGGAAAUAUCGCAGAUUUAUGUCAAGAGGGAAUGGAAUACAAAUUCGGAAUUGUAACAAGCACAAAAGUCUUUUUAGUUUUCACAUCUGUGAUAUUUCUCAAAUAAUAAUCUAAAUUACAUAGAAAUUUUAAGGAAAAUCUCAUGAAAGGAAAGAAGAAAAAUUGGAUAAAAACCCCUAAGCAUUUAAAUGAAAAUUAAUAAUCAAAAUAUGAGAUGAUUCAUUCUUGAAUGUGUUAUUGAAACUUUUAGAUGCUAAGAAAGAACGAACAAGCUUUAGAUUUUGUUUCAACGAAAGCUCAUUGCAGAUUAGAAGCAUCUCGUUCUUCCACCAACAUGAUAGAAAUAUUAUUGUUACUUCACCCGCAAUUAGUCUUAGAAAAUUUUAUAACAAAAAAAAAAACAGAAAGAAAAGGAAUAUUUAAAAACUUAGUACUUGCAAGCACGUUCUCGUAUCAGUAGAUAAUAAUCGUUACGUACAUAGAAUGAAGAUCAUAAAGGAACCAACAUAAGAGAAUAUAAAUAAGUCACUUCCUCAGUCAUGACGUUGCCGUAAAACAUUUCACAACAAAAGAGAGCAGUUUGUGAUAAAUUAUCAGAGGUCAUCAACUCAUUAUUGUCAUGCGGAAGCUUUUUUUCCCUCGAAAACUUUCUGAUGCCUUAGCGAAGCUGCCAGAAUCAGAACUAAGCCAAUCAAUCAACUGACAUAUGUUGGAAAAAAAAACAUUCAACACUCUUCUUUUUUUUUGUAUUUCUAAUUGACAGACUAAGAAACUCUUCUAAAAUAUUAUUGAAGAUUUAUAUGAAAAAAAAUUCAGGUUUUAUUAGUUUUAGGAGUAUUUAGUGAUGAUUGAAUUUAACUACUAAAUUUAAGUUUUUUUGAUUUCUCUUUUCGUCAUUCUAUUUGAAAACUUUUUGGCUCAAAUUAUUUUUUAUAUCUUUGCGUAAAUAACUUUGGAGACCUCGAAAUGAAAGAAAACUUUUUACUCUUUUUUCUACUUUCUUGGAAUCUAUUUAUAAAAAUCAUUUUGUAUUAAAUGAUAAGUAAAAUAAUAUGCAUAGCGUGGGUGGAUGUUGAUAAGAUUACAUCUACUGAUGUUUUCUGAAAAUAAAAAGUAAAAUAAUUGGAUUUCUUACAAUUUGAAACAAAA